AGCCUCUGAUAUACUGGUCAAUCAAAUAAAAAAGGAAACUCGAUCCGGAAAUUUGCAACAGCCACCGGUAGGCCUCGAUUGACUCUUACACACCAGCAAAUAGUGGGUUUCUGCAUAACCAUAUUCCAUGGCAAAGAAACCUGUGAAAUACUAUGUGGUGGAUGCUUUCACUGACUCAGCUUUCAAGGGGAACCCAGCAGCAGUUUGCUUGCUAGAGGAAGACAGAGCUGAUCUAUGGAUGCAAGCUCUGGCUGCCGAGUUCAAUCUGUCCGAGACAUGCUACUUGUUUCGCCUCACUGGCUUGGAUCACUUGCCUCCUUUGACAUCCACACCUAGGUUCAGUCUCAGAUGGUUCACUCCUGUUGCUGAGGUUAAGCUUUGUGGUCAUGCAACAUUGGCAGCUGCUUAUACCCUCUUUAUGUCGGGUUUGGUUGAUUCCAACAUUAUUGAGUUUUCUACCUUGUCAGGAAUACUAACAGCUAAAAAGGUUACUGAGCAUGUUGAGGCAGCCAAUGGUUCACAUGCGAAAAUUGGUGACGCACAAGAUUCUUGUUUUGUUGAGCUGAAUUUUCCUGCUGACCCAUCUUCUGAAUUCAAUUCUGCUGAGGUUUCGUAUAUUUCCAACGCCUUGGGUGGUGCUCCUGUGGUUGAAAUAAUGAGGACAGUGGCAGAUAAUCUGCUUGUGGUGGUUCCAUCUGGAAAGACUGUUGCAGAUUUGAUGCCACAGAUUGAUGCAAUUGAAAAAUGCCCUGGUGGUGGAGUGAUUGUAACAGGAGUUGCUCCUCCAGAGUCUGAUUUUGAUUUUAUCAGUAGAUACUUCUGCCCGAAAUUCGGGAUCAACGAGGAUCCUGUUUGUGGUAGUGCACAUUGUGGCUUAGCACCAUACUGGUGCAAAAAACUGGGAAAGUGUGAUCUUGUUGCGUAUCAGGCAUCACCUAGAGGGGAAACACUAAACAUUCAUCUGGGUGAGAAAAAUCAAAGGGUCUUACUCCGAGGGAAGGCGGUUACUGUGAUGGAAGGAACUGUUCUAGUUUGACAUUGUAGUGAAUUUCCACUAAACUGAAAAACAUUUGAAAGAAAUAAAUUAAAUUGUUGUGAAGUUUCCCCUAUGUUUGGAAAUUGAAACUAUAAUCACACCAUAAGUUCAU